CCCCUUUCUAGAAAACAUGAAGGAAGAAAGAGAAGAUAAGAAUCCGGGGGGGACGAGUGUGAACAAGAGAAAGUUCGAGGAAAGCAAGAGAGGGGGACAUUAAUAGGCGGAUGGAAGGAAGGAAGAAAUUAAGGAAGGGAUCUAUCCAGCCAUACAACACGAUUAAACGAGACAUGAACAAACUAUAUAUUGACCUAUAUUAAACGUAGUUACUCGACUCUUCUCAACUUGUGACGUUUAAAACUAUCUUAGGAUAGUUGAAUACGCAAACUUAGGCUAUUAGGAACCAAGUUAUCGUAUUUUCUAAUUCAUACAGCAACUUCCAGCGUUGCAAGUCACAGCUCACCCCGGAAAAGGAUUUAGCCCCAAGGACCAAGGGGCACCGAAGAGGGCAGGUCACCGCAGCCGGAGUUUAGGCGUUGCCACACGGCUUUGACCCGGAGCCAUGGCCGGGGCGAAGCCAGGAGUCCACGCUCUGCAGCUCAAACCGGUGUCGGUUCACGACAUACUAAAACGGGGGAGCAAGUUUAUCAAAUGGGAUGAGGAGCCCAACAGCAGCCACCCCACCCUGAUUACUCUGAAGGUAGACCCAGAUGGAUUCUUCCUUUACUGGACUGGUGGGGCCAACAUGGAAGUGGAAAUUCUUGACAUUAGCCAGAUAAGAGACACCAGAACGGGGAAGUUAGCCAAACUACCAAAGGACCCACGUGUCAGAGAGGUUUUGGGGUUCGGUAAACCAGGCGAGGGGGGUGUUGCCGUGGAGGGGAAGCUGGUAACGGUUGUCCACGGCAAUGACCUGGUCAACGUAUCCUUCCUCAACUUCCAGGCCAUGCAGGAAGACACUGCCAAGGUGUGGACAGAGGAGCUGUUUAAACUGGCCACAAACAUUCUGUCUCAGAAUGCAUCUCGCAACACUUUCCUCCUCAAAGCGUACACCAAGUUAAAGUUGCAGGUGAAUCAGGAUGGAAAGAUUUCAGUGAAGAAUAUUCUUAAGAUGUUUUCUGAUAAGAAGCGAGUGGAGACAGCGCUGGAGCAGUGUGGUUUGGUCACCAACAGGGUGGAGGGCAUUAAGCCAGAUGAUUUUACAUGGGAAAUGUUCCAGAGCUUUCUACACAGUCUCUGUCUACGACCGGAGAUAGAACGCAUCUUUGUCGAGCUUGGUUCUCGGGGAAAGCCGUUCCUCUCAUUGGAUCAGCUGACAGACUUCAUAAACCGUCGUCAGAGAGACUCUCGUCUCAACGAGGUCCUCUAUCCUCCUCUGAAGAGAGAGCAGAUCAGACAACUGAUGGAGAAAUACGAGAGCAACGCUAGCCAGCUGGAGAGAGACCAGAUCAGUCUGAUGGGGUUCAGUAAAUAUCUUGGAGGAGAGGAGAAUACCAUCGUCCCACCAGAGAGACUAGACAUCAUAGAUGAUAUGAACCAGCCCCUGUCCCACUACUUUAUCAACUCUUCACACAACACAUACCUCACAGUUGGUCAGUUGACAGGUCUGUCAUCGGUGGAGAUGUAUCGCCAGGUGUUGCUGACCGGCUGUCGCUGUAUAGAGCUGGACUGUUGGAAAGGACGGCCCCAGGAUGAAGAACCUUACAUCACGCACGGCUUUACCAUGACCACUGAGAUACCCUUCAAGGAGGUGAUUGAAGCAAUAGCAGAAAGUGCGUUUAAGACCUCUCCCUAUCCCGUAAUCCUCUCCUUUGAAAACCAUGUUGACUCGGCGAAGCAGCAGGCCAAGAUGGCGGAAUAUUGUAGGACUAUUUUUGGCGACGCCCUCCUCAUCGACCCUCUAGAGAAAUAUCCGCUGAUCCCUGUUCAGCCCUUACCCUCGCCCCAGGAGCUGCUGGGUAAGAUUCUGAUAAAGAACAAGAAGAAGCACCACCACAGAGCGUCCAGCGGGGUCAACAUGAGGAGGAGGACAGGAGAAAUAGACGCUCUGGAGCAGGCUUCACCUGUUAACGACUUCCCAUUCAGUGACAGCGAGGGGGGCCAGCUGCUGUCCAAUGGGGAAGAGAAGCUGGCAGAGAGUCUGGUCAAGGAUGGAGAUCCUCGGAAGUCAAUUGGAGGGGAGGGAGAGAGUGAUGAGGAGGAGGAAGAUGAACCUGUGGCUGAACUGAAGAAACCAAACUCUGAUGAGGGUACUGCCAGUAGUGAGGUAAAUGCGACAGAGGAGAUGUCUACUCUUGUCAACUACAUAGAACCUGUCAAGUUCAAGAGCUUUGAGGUUGCAAACAAGAGGAAUAAGUAUUUUGAGAUGUCAUCAUUUGUGGAGACCAAGGGUAUGGACACACUGAAGAGUGCACCCAUCGAGUUUGUUGAGUACAAUAAGAAGCAGCUGAGUCGUAUCUAUCCUAAAGGGACGAGAGUUGAUAGUUCAAACUACAUGCCCCAACUCUUCUGGAACGUAGGCUGUCAGAUGGUGGCGCUAAACUUCCAGACACUCGACCUGCCCAUGCAGUUGAACAUGGGUGUGUUUGAGUAUAAUGGACACAGUGGUUACCUGCUCAAACCAGAAUUCAUGAGAAGGACAGACAAACACUUUGACCCCUUCACUGAAAACAUAGUGGACGGCAUCGUAGCCAACACCGUCAAGAUCAGGGUGAUCUCGGGACAGUUCCUGACCGAUAAGAAAGUGGGUGUGUACGUGGAAGUGGACAUAUUUGGACUUCCUGCUGACACAAAGAGGAAGUACCGUACCAGAACUUCCAAUGGUAACAGCCUGGACCCAGUCUGGGACGAUGAGACUUUUGUCUUCAACAAGGUGGUCCUGCCCACUCUGGCCUCUCUGAGGAUAGCUGUGUUUGAGGAGAACGGGAAGUUCCUCGGACAUCGGAUCUGCCCUGUGUCAACCAUCCGACCGGGUUACCACUACAUCAGUCUGAAGAAUGAGAUGAACCAGCCUCUGUUGCUUCCCUCUCUAUUGGUCUACACCGAGGCUCAAGACUACAUUCCUAAUGAACACCAGGAGUAUGCUGAGGCCUUGACCAACCCCAUCAAACAUGUGAGUCUUUUGGACCAGAGAGAGAGACAGCUAGCUGCUCUGAUGGAGGACAACGGCGAGCGUGUAUUGGAGCAGCCGAAGGAGGGAGAGAGGGAUCGGAAGGGCGACGCCCCCUUGGGGAAGAUCCCCUCCCCCCUCCACCCCGUCCCCGCCCCCAUUGAUGACAUCAGCGACCUCAUCAGCUCACCUGGACCAGGCCAGAAAGAGGAUCUUAUUGCUACAGUCCUGGCAAAUCUCCAGGCUCAGUCUACAGAAGAGUUGAAACAGCAGAAGUCGUAUCUGAAGCUGUUGAAGAAACAAUGUAAAGAACUCAAGGAGCUCCGCAAGAAACACCUCAAGAAGGUGUGGGCCUUGAGUAAAGAGCAGAGGAGUCGCUGUAACCAGCUCCGCUCUGACACACAGAGACGACGCAGUCAGAUGGAGAAACAUCUCAAAAGCAGCAUGAAGAAAAAUGAGCCAGCAGAGCCGGUGCAGAGGCAGUUGACAGCAUUGGAGCUGGAGUUACAGAAACAGACGGUGCAGCUGAGAGAGUGGCAGAUGCAAGAGCUCCUAAAACUACGGCAACAACAACACACACUGGAGAGAGAGAAGAAACACACACACCUACGAGAGGCAUUUCAGAAAAUAAAGGAGACAUCCCAGGAAUGUCAGACGGCUCAGCUCAAAAAACUUAAGGAGAUCUGUGAGAGAGAGAAGAAGGAGCUUCAAAAGAUUCUAGACAGGAAGAGACAGCACAGCAUUAUCGAGGCCAAGAGCAGAGACAGAGACAAGGCUGAGUCGGAACUGAAUGAGAUCAACAGGAAGCAUAUCUCAGACUCUGUCACGUUAAUCCGCCGGUUGGAUGAGGCCCAGUCAAGGCGUCAGGAGAAGUUGGUAAUUGGUCAGAGAGAAGCCCAACGACACAUAGAGGAGGAGCAACCAUUGCUGCAGGCCCGAUUGGAGCGAGACUUGGAGGCGGAGUUACAACGUCUACCAGAGGAGAUCUGCCAAUACCUGCAGGCAGAACUCGAGUCCAAAGGUCUCCGUAGCGACGCUCUCUUCUCCUUAUCCAAUCACAGCCCUAGCUCCAGCUCGGGUCCGCCCUCCAACUGCUCCACCCCCACUUUUCCCUUAACACCCAAUAGGAGCACCUGGAACAGGAGUCUGGACAAUAGCAUUGCCUCAUUGGUGGACUCAUCCUCUUCCUCUACCCCUGUCCUAUCAGAAGCAGAUAUGUAAGCCAUAUGUACAUUUAUGUAAACCUAAUGGUCCUGAGCUUCAGUUAGUUUUUUUGUUAAUGUUUUCAUUAAAAAAAUAGAUAUAUUUUUUCUUUUCACCAGGGUUUUAGAUAGAGAGAUGAGGUUACCAAAAGUUUUUGGUUGAUUUUGAACUUCCCAGGAAAAUGCCCUAUGUGUGUUUUCACAUGUUGGCCUGCGUCCCAAAUGGCACCCUUUCCCCUAUUUAGUACAUUAGUUUUGACCAGAGCCCUAUUGAGAAUAGGGUACAUUGGGACGCAGACAUAUUCUGUAUGUGGACAGUAGAUAAGAAUAUUCUGUGGAUAUAUUAUUAUUAUUAAUCUGUGUAAUGUAAUGUUGUUGUUUUACAUGACCUGUACUACUGACUAAAUGUGUCUUUGGGGAGAAAGGAGGGAUGAAUGGAGAAGAGGAGGAGAAGUGAUUGUGGUAGUGAACAAUUUAGAUUUUUGGGGGGAGCGAUGCUGAUUUGCUCUGGAAUAGAAAGACCUUUCUCUCCUCUCUCCUCUGGAAAAGAAAAACCUGCCUCUUCUCACCAAUCCUCCACCACUGGUACUUGCUGCCUGUCUGUCUUGGUAUAUAAUAUUAUAAUAUGCCUCUGUGUAUAUUCAUCAACAUUAUUUUACCACUUUUUUAAUCUUUAAUUUGUUUUUAUAUUUUUUGUGAUGGAUGAUCUAUUUAAUUUAGUCAGCUGAGCAAAUGCAGAGAUUAUUUUUUCGGUGGGGGGGUUAAUGGUCGGGUUGCUAUGGUAAACAGGGGAGACUACUUUGCUGUGUUAUUUUAGCAAUCAUCGUACCCCUUCUCCCUCCCUUUUGGUUGUGAGGGUCUAUUUAAAAGUUUGAACGUUUUCAUACACAUUGUUGAUUGAAUGCUUCACACCAUUGCUAGCAUGGAGAAGACCUCACACACGUCAAAAAAAAUGUAAGUUCCAAGUACCAUGGUGUCAGGGUACCUCUAGUGGUUAAGACCAUUGGGCCAGUAACUGAAAGGUUACUGGUUCGAAUCCCUGAGCUAAUUAGGUGAAAAAUGUGUUGAUGUGCCCUUGAGCAAGGUACUUAACCCUAAUUGCUCCAGUAAGUCGCUCAGGAUAAGAGUGUCUGAUAAAUUACUAAAAUGUAUAUGUACAUUUAGGACCCCAAAAGUUGUUUUAUUUUUACACUGAUGUGGUUUCGGAUCAGGGAACAUGAAUCCCAAUUUAUAUGUAUUUAUGUACAUCGGAGCAUUAGUUUGGACUUACAUUUAUUUAUUUUUUUGAUCAGCACAUGUACUUAGUGCUAAAGAUGGUCUUUAUGAUUUUAGGAAACCCACCCUAGUAUGUGUUUAACACACAGAACAACAGCUUUAACCGGUGUCUCUGUGUCUCGCUUUUCCUUACGAGAAUAUGUUUUUAGCUGAAUUUAAAGUUUUGAAACAUUUUUUGUUCUUGCUCUUUUAUCACACGGUUUUAUUAGUUUUAAAACCUUUUAUUCAAGGAAGUCAUGACAACCAUUUCUUAAAUAGUUUAUAGUGUCACCUUAGCUAUUAGGUAGCCAGAGGCAGAGCCAUAUACAGUUGAAGUCGGAAGUUUACUUACACCUUAGCCAAAUACAUUUAAACUCAGUUUUUCAAUAUUCCUGACAUUUAAUCCAAGUAAACAUUCCCUGUUUUAGGUCAGUGAUAAUCACCACUUUGUUUUAAGAAUGUGAAAUGUCAGAAUAAUAGUAGAGAGAAUGAUUUAUUUCAGCUUUUAUUUCUUACAUCACAUUCCCAGUGGGUUAGAAGUUUACAUACACUCAAUUAGUAUUUGGUAGCAUUGCCUUUAAAUUGUUUAACUUGGGUUAAACAUUUCAGGUAUCCUUCCACAAGCUUCCCACAAUAAGUUGGGUGAAUUUUGGCCCAUUCCCCCUAACAGAGUUGGUGUAACUGAGUCAGGUUUUUGGCCUCCUUGCUCGCACAUGCUUUUUCAGUUCUGCCCACACAUUUUCUAUAGGAUUGAGGUCAGGGCUUUGUGAUGGCCACUCCAAUACCUUGACUUUGGUGUCCUUAAGCCAUUUUGCCACAACUUUGAAAGAAUGCUUUGGGUCAUUGUCCAUUUGGAAGACCCAUUUGCAACCAAGCUUUAACUGAUGUCUUGAGAUGUUGCUUCAAUAUAUCCACCCAAUUUCCCCUCCUCAUGAUGCCAUCUAUUUUGUGAAGUGCACCAGUCCCUCCUGCAGCAAAGCACCCCCACAACAUGUUGCCACCCCCGUGCUUCACGGUUGGGAUGGUGUUCUUUGGCUUGCAAGCCUCCCCCUUUUUCUUCCAAACACAACGAUGGUCAUUAUGGCCAAACAGUUCUAUUUUUGUUUCAUCAGACCAGAGGACAUUUCUCCAAAAAGUACAAUCUUUGUCCCCCUUUUUUUAUGGCGGUUUUGGAGCAGUUGCUUCUCCUUGCUGAGCGGCCUAUCAGGUUAUGUCGAUAUAUGACUCGUUUUACUAUUGACAUAGGUACUUCUGUACCUGUUUCCUCCAGCAUCUUCACAAGGUCCUUUGCUGUUGUUCUGGAUUUGAUUUUCACUUGUCGCACCAAAGUAUGUUAAUCUCUCCUUUCUUAAUCUCGCCUUCCUGAGCGGUAUGACGGCUGCUUGGUGCCAUUGUGUUUAUACUUGUGUACUAUUGUUUGUACAGAUGAUUGUGGUAUCUUAAAGUGUUGGGAAAUUGCUCCCAAGGAUGAACCAGACUUGUGGAGGUCUACAAUUUCUUUUCUGAGGUCUUGGCUGAUUUCUUUGGAUGAUGUCAAGCAAAGAGGCACUGAGUUUGAAGGUAGGCCUUGAAAUACAUCCAUAUGUACACCUCCAAUUGACUCAAAUUAUGUCAAUUCACCUAUCAGAAGCUUCUAAAGGCAUGACAUAAUUUUCUGGAAUUUUCCAAGCUGUUUAAAGGCACAGUCAACUUAGUGUAUGUAAACUUUUGAACCACUGGAAUUGUGAUACAGUGAAUUAUAAGUAAAAUAAUCUGUCUGUAAACAAUUGUUGGAAAAUGACUUGUGUCAUGCACUAAGUAGAUUGCCAAAACUAUAAUUUGUUAACAAGAAAUGUGUGGCGUGGUUGAAAAACGAGCUUUAAUGACUCCAACCUAAGUGUAUGUACAUUUCCGACUUCAACUGUAUAUAGAGAGAGUUCGGCCAAUUUUUAGAAUGGACACCAUGUUGCUGCCAUUGAGCAUUCCAUUUAUCCAUUCAUGACAAGCAUUUGGAUUUUUAAAUAAAUUCAAGAUGUUCAGUUACUUAGCAUGUUUAAAUUAAGAAAAUUCUAUAAACUGCUAUUUGUCAAUAAUGCACAUGGCUACCAUAUGGAAUUAUUUGAUUCUCUGUGUCAUGUAAAUGCAUCAUAAUGCAGAAAACUCAAUGUCUUAACUCUCUAAAUGGCUCUAGAUAGUAUAGUCUUCUAUGUUCUAGAAUAUGUCCAGAGAAUUUUACUGAAGAACACUAAGUUCUAGAAUGCAGUGGUUCUAUGUUACAAAGUUAGAGGCUCUUCAUAGGCCUUCACGUUCACAUGCUGAAGAGAGUUCCAUUGAAGGUGUGUGUAAUGCGUGCAUGUGUGCAUGCGGGUAUCAAAUAAGAUCUAUAUGAAACAGAAAGAGCCAGAAGAUUGUGCUCCGUUUACUAUUGUGGUUAGCCAGUUUCCUACCCUAGAGACUCAGCCUGGGAAUUAAUUCAGUUUAGCCUUGUGGGCUAUUUUCAACUCUAUCUCCACACAUAUAUAUACACACACACACUCUCUUCAGCCCCACACUGUAAACCAGGUUCCAUCAACUAGAUUCAGCCGUGGGCCGGAGCAUAAUUACAAAUCAUUUGUAGACCGCAAAUUGCACCGCAAAAAGCCCAAACAGAUAUAUUUGACGACAACCUAAUAAUUUCAAACUAUGCUUACAUUUGUAUACGAUUAUGUGUCACUCAAAUGUGUGUGGGAAUACUUUGGAACAGAUUUUCUGAAGUAAAAUAACUUUGAGCUGAUUUCCUGGUGUUUUUACAGAUUAUUAUGUCCAACAAUUAAAAUGUAAAAAAAUACAGUACCAGUCAAAAGUUACACACCUGCUCAUUACUGUUUUAAUUUGUUUGUUUAAAAAAAACUAUUUUCUACAUUGUAGAAUAAUAGUGAAGGCAUCAAAACGAUGAAAUAACAGCUAUGGAAUCAUGUAGUAAAUCAAAAAGUGUAAAACAAAUCUAAAUAUGUUUUAUAUUUGACAUUUUUCAAAGUAGCCACCCUUUGUCUUGAUGACAGCUUUACACUCUCUCAACCAGCUUCAUGAAUUACUCACCUGGAAUGCAUUUCAAUUAACAGGUGUGCCCUGUUAAAAGUUCAUUUGAGGAAUUUCUUUCCUUCUUAAUGCGUUUGAGCCAAUAAGUUUUGAUGUGACAAGGUAGGGGUGGUAUACAGAUGAAGCCCUAUUUGGUACAAGACCAAGUCCAUAUUAUGUGAAGAACAGCUCAAAUAAGCAAAGAGAAACAAAAAUCCAUCAUUACUUUAAGACAUGAAGGUCAGUCAAUCCGUAAAAUUUCAAGAACUUGAAAGUUUCUUCAAGUGCAGUCGCAAAAACCAUGAAGUGCUAUGAUGAAACUGUCUCUCAUGAAGACCACCACAGGAAAGGUAGACCCAGAGUUACCUGCAGAGGAUCAUUUCAUUAGAGUUACCAGCCUCAAACCUGUAUAAAUAAAGGUUUAAAAAAUAAACAAUAAAAGGCAUGUGGGUGACUCCCCAAACAUAUGGAAGAAGGUACUCUGGUCAGAUGAGACUAAAAUUGAGCUUUUUGGCCAUCAAGGAUAAUGCUAUCUCUGGUGCAAACCCAACACCUCUCAUCACCCCGAGAACAACACCCCCACAGUGAAGCAUGGUGGUGGCAGCAUCAUGCUGUGGGAAUGAUUUUCAUCGGCAGGGACUGGGAAACUGGUCAGAAUUGAAGGAAUGAUGGAAUGGCACUAAAUACAGGGAAAUUCUUGAUGGAAACCGGUUUCUGUAUUCAAGAGAUUUGAGACUGGGACAGAGGUUCACCUUCCAGCAGGACAAUGACUCUAAGCAUACUGCUAAAGCAACACUUGAGUGGUUUAAGGGGAAACAUUUAAAUGUCUUGGAAUGGCCUAGUCAAAGCCCAGACCUCAAUCGAAUUGUGAAUCUGUGGUAUGACUUAAGGAUUGCUGUAGUUUUGCAGUUUUGCCUUGACGAAUGGGCAAAAAUCCCAGUGGCUAGAUGUGCGAAGCUUAUAGAGACAUACCCCAAAAGACUUGUAGCUGUAAUUACUGCAAAAGGUGGCUCUUCAAUGUAUUGACUUUGGAAUAGUUAUGCACGCUCAAGUUUAGUUUUUUUGUCUUGUCUUUUUUCGCAAUAAAAAAUAUUUAGCAUCUUCAAAGUGGUAGGCAUGUUGUGUAAAUCAAAUUAUACAAAAAUAUAUUUUAAUUCCAAGUUGUAAGGCAACAAAAUAGGAAAAAUGCCACGGCGGGUGAAUACUUUCGCACGCCAUUGUAAAUCCUUCACAGAGUUCAAGUAACAGACACAUCUCAAUAUCAACUUUUCAGAGGAGACUGUGUGAAUCAGGCCUUGAAUCGUGAAUCGGGUCAAGAAACACGAGCAAUGGACAUUAAACCAGUGAACAUCUGUCCUUUGGUCUAAUGAGUCCAAAUUUGAAUUUUUGGUUUCAACUGCCGUGUCUUUGUGACAUGCAGAGUAGGUGAACGGAUGGUCUCCAUGUGUGGUUCCUACUGUGAAGCAUAGAGGAGAAGGUGUGAUGGUGUGGGAGUCCUUUGCUGGUGACACUGUUGGUGAUUUAUUUAGAAUUCAAGGUACACUUAACCAGCAUGUCUACCACGGCAUUUGGCAGUAAUACACCAUCCCAUCUGGUUUGCGUUUAGUGGGACUAUCAUUUGUUUUUCAACAGGACAAUGACCCAACACACCUCCAGGCCUUGUAAGGGCUAUUUGACCAAGAAGGAGAGUGAUGGAGUACUACAUCAGAUGACCUGGCCUCCACAAUCACCCGACCUCAACCCAAUUGAGAUGGUUUGGGAUGAGUUGGACCGCAGUGUAAAGGAAAAUUAGCCAACAAGUACUCAGCAUAUGUGGGAACUCCUUCAAGACUUUUGGAAGCAUUCCAGGUGAAGCUGGUUGAGAGAAUGCCAAGAGUGUGCAAAGCUGUCCUCGAGGCAAAGGGUGGAUACUUCGAAGAUUUGUUUAACACUUUUUUGGGUACUACAUGAUUCCAUAUGUGUUAUUUCAUUAGUUUUGAUAUCUUCACUAUUAUUUUACAAUAUAGAAAAUAGUUAAAAUAAAGAAAACCCCUUUAGUGAGUAGGUGUGUCCAAAUUUUUGACUGGUUCUGUAUAUAAAACAUUUAAUUGUUUUUUUUGCUCAGAAAACUUGGUGGGGCAAAUACAAAUUCCCCAGUUGGGGAACCCUGCUGUAGACCAUGUGUAAGGGCGUCAACUGCCAUCCCUUCUUACAUUCAUCCUUCCCCUUACAAGACUUUCUCUUCCAUCCCCAGGUCACUUAAAGGUCCUGAAAAGUCAUUCUGAUUCCCAUUUUAAAAAGCCCUUUGAGUGAUGAAAAUAUCACCCAUAAUAUUUGUUUGGGAUAAAAAUAUGUUUUUUUUAAGUACUUUUUCUCUCAUGGCUAACUACCAGGAAGUUUGAAAAGGCAGGCUGAGUGGGCGGGAAGCUUAUAUUCAUGAGCUCGCCAAGACUGACAGCUCUUUGAAAAACUUGUGUCAAGCAACUUGGAUGCAGUGAGCAGCGUUGCAGUAAAACCAUCCCAAGCUAAUUUUAUGAAAUUUUAUCAAUGAUGUCAAAAAUGUUUUUUUACAUCUCUCGUUUGUCAUGUCUCUUGUGAUGUGGUUCACAGCUGCACUGGCGGAUGUGUUGUGUUGACUUGACAGCUGCGUCUUGAGUUUUGAACGACCCUUCCCCCUUGUUUGUUCCAUGCUGGCUGAACACCUAGCUAGCCAUUAACUAGCUAACACCAGACGGAUAAAGGGGAAACACAAUAACCUUUGCCUUAGAUGAAGAGGGUAAACCUUUAAUAAUAUUUUCUGAAACCCUUCAGUAAAAUUUUGGCCACAAGCGGAGUAGCUAUCUAUUUAUGUAAACCGCGCCCUUCUGCAAACCCGCCUUCUCCAUUGUUGGUUACAAGGCGGUACUUAUUUAAAUUAGGUUCGAGAAUAUCAUGUUACCAUUGAUGUAUUAAAAUUCUAGAGUUAUGGAGAUGUCACCCUAUCCCCCUAAUAAUCCUGCCACCUGUAUCCAAGUGUUUAACACUGGGGAGAGGACCAGGUACUUUAUUUUCAAACUUUAUCAAUGUAGAUGCAACAGUUAUUUUUCGUACUUUGGACAUCAUACUGGGAUCUGGUUUCAUCCAAAUAUCAUCCAAUUUCAUGAAAGACAUAAUUUUGACUGUUCAUGAUCUUUAGAACAGACUGAGAGAUGGAGGAGCGGUAUAGUUGGUUGACACUGUAUGACUGCAAUGCCUUCUUACAUUCACCCUGUCUACCCCUCCAUCCAUCGUUCUCUCCCUCCUUCCCCUUACAAGAGUUUCUCUCCGAGCCCCCAGGUCACUUAAUAGAAAGAGAUAGAGAGGUAUAGAUUUUGUCCCAAAUUACACCCUAUUCCCCAUAUAGUGCACUAUGGGCCCUGGUCUAUAUCGGGAAUAGGGUACCAUUUGGGGCGCAGACAGAGUUUGUUGACUCUGUAUGUAGAAAUUAUGAGUUUCUCUCUCUGCCCCAAGCCACUUAAUAUAUAUAUAUAGAGAGAAACAUUUUUAAAAAUCAGGAUGAAGAAAGAGUGAGAGAUAGUUUGAAGACACUGUAUAUAGAAAGGACUGGUCCACCAUGUCAAAGGGAAUAAUACUAUGAUGCAUCAAGAUGUAAUAUGUUUUAUUGUUUAUCUGGAGAUAUAAUAUAAACUGUAUAACUGUAAAUUCAAUAAAUACUGAAUUUUUGUCUAAAAUCUCUGCUUUGGUUGGUUGCACUGCUCCAGUCGGAGAGAACAGUACAUAAGAAUAAAACACAAUAAAGACUGAAGGUUUGUUUUCA